AUGGACUUAAAGUCCUGGACUGACCCACCAUCACAUGUUGUAUACGCCGGAAUCUCUGAGCUGGUAGUGGAAGGAUCAUGUGCCCGGCUCGCGCUCGUCGUGCGGAAUGGGUCUGAUAUCGUCAGCUUCUUCCAGUACGAGCUUCCCCUCUUGCCCUCACACGAUCCGUCAGACGCAGUUCCGGACCUUGUUUUGCGCAAACUAUUUGAGCACCGAAGCUUGUAUGAUGAGAAGUUUGCGGCAGUUGCGUUUCCGCGGUCCCUAGCGGAUCAAUGCCCGUCCCUUAGCUUACAGCUUUGGAAAGAGCUCGAUGCGAUCCCGUAUGUGGUUGCACGAAAACCGCACCAGAGAACGCAGGAUGAUCAAGGCGAGUUGGCGACAUUUGCCGGGUGGGAGGAAAAACAAAUUGACGAGAAGGCGGAUUCGAUUGCGAGGAAGUGUCUUAGAUCCUUCGGGAUCGGCCAUGUGCCGCCCAUCCAGCUCGAUCUGCAUGGAAUGGUUGCAGUUGAUAUGAACUUUAGAGCGCCAUUGGUAAGCGCGGCUGAAUACGAAAAGACGGUCGAGAGCCGCACAUGGUCUCUAGUGCAGCAUUAUGCUAGUGAUCUGCGAAAGAGACAAGUAAGAGUCGCCUUCUUCAGUGCGACUGCUUAUGGAAGGCCGGAUGUCUAUACCCGGCAUGCCCUCAUCCGACUAUCGCAAUGCUUGGGCGUCGAUGUUCGAUGGUAUGUUCCUCGCCCGCGUCCGCAGCUGCUGUAUACCAUCCGAAGGGUGCAGAGGAUUCUGCACUGCGUUGAAAACCCAACCCAGCCCCUUACCGCGGACGAAGAACUCCGCAUCCUAGAAUGGGUUUACAAGACCGCCCAACGGUACUGGCUCAGCAAGGACGGCCCGCUACUCCCUGCUUUGGAUGGAGGUGCAGAUGUCGUGGUGAUCUGUGAUGCAAUUCUGUCCUCACUGGCACUUAUCGCGAAGCAGUCUGACCCCCGGCGUCCAGUAAUCUUUGAGAAUCGGCUACAUAUUCACCACGGCAUAGGCAGCGACCGCCGGCAGCCGGAAAAUCAGACAUUUGACUUCCUCCGUGAGAGGCUGAGAGAUGUCGACCUGCUCGUUUCCCAGGAACCUAAGGCCUGCGCGCCUCGCCUCAUGCCCUUCAAGCGGGUGGGAUACAUGCCUGUUGCGAUUGAUCAGCUUGAUGGGUUGCAUAAACCCUUGCAUGACUGGGAUAUUUCCUUUUACGGCCGUGAACUGAAUGCAAUCUGCCGGAGCGCAGGAAAGCCUGUGCUCGACUAUCCUCGCACUCCAGGGCGCUACUUCCUCCAUCUAACACAGCUCAUCCCAAACGAAGGCACCAUCCGUCUUUUAGACGGUUACCAAGCCUUCUUCCACCAACGCCAGGCCGCAGGCAACACUUCAGAUACUUUGAUUCCCCAGCUACUCCUUUGCCACUGCGUCUCUGCAGCCAAUCCAGAAACUGCUCCGGUUCACGCGAGCCUCCUAAGCCAUAUAAAAUCCCAGAUGCCAGACCUCGCCCACCACAUCUCUCUAGUUCAGCUCCGGCCGCCAGAUCAAUUAUGGAACUCACUUGUGUCCGAGGCGGUAGCAGUAGUGCAACUCUGCGAUUACGAGGGAAUCCCGGAGAUGCUUCUGGGUGCUGUUCACAUGGGUAAAUAUUUAAUCGUCAGCAGGGAGUUCAGAGACUACCCAUUUCUGCGAAACUGGGAUCGGACCCUAUUCCUGGACGAUGAUGAAGUUCAGGGCAUAUCGCAAUACCUAUUAGAUCUCGGAACAGACUCGUAUAUCAAAAGCGAAAGACAGACCAAAAGGCUCAGUAAACAGGUGCUUGGGGACAGGGCGACGACGGUCGGCAAUGCUUUGAACUGGUUCUUCCUGGCUUCGAAGUUGUCAAAAAGGGAGGUUGUUGAGCCGUCUGGAGAGGACAUUUUUGCUCUGGCUGAGCAAGAAACUCGGGCUAUUUAG